GUUAAAGUCACAUGUCUAAUCCUUUUUGUGCCUAUAAUCUUGAUAGCAUACGUCUAUCAAAAAUAGUUUAUUUGAUUGUUAUUAGGCCAUUACACUUUACUAUGGCACUUAUGCUGUUGAAUGGGCACAAGCUGCGCUGCAAUGAUUCGCCAAACAACAUAAAAUGAACAAGUUAAUUGUUUAUUGUUCAUUUACAUAAAAAUGCUGGAAAAGAGAUCCGAUCCAAAUCGGCUCGCUUAAGACACAUGGUAAUGCUGGGUGUAAACGGGGUCAAGAAGGCCACUCCUUUCAUGGAAUGCAUCGUUACAUUAUCGUAGACUUAAAGUGAUUUCUCCCUGUUUUUGUAGCAUUGUGGUGGAACCGCUGGUUGGAAAGCAGCUUCCCUCCAGGUUGACGGAGAUGCACUAUGAACAUACUGUCCAGCCGGCCGCUAAAUCUUGACUUGUCUUGCUGUGACUCCAGAUCCAAGACCACCGUCAAACAGCCGGCACCCAGCGGAGAUAAUGUACCCAAACUCCAACAAUGAGAGGAAAAAGAUCUCCUGGACCAGUUUACCUGAGGCUCCUUCACUCUAGAUGCUGCCAAGCCGUCCGUUCCCCAAUUGUCAUCACAUGGCCGGGAUUCUAUCAGCACUGACAAAUGUUUGCUGAAACCGUUCGCCUGAAGGAGCAUUGAAAAGACAACAAAACUAAAUAAAAGCGACCGUAGCCGUGAGCAGUUUGUGUGGCUGUGGUUAAACCUGUGAUCAUGGGGAAAGAACAGGAUCUGCUGGUGGCGGUGAAGACCGGAGAUCUUCUGCUGGCGCACAAACUUCUCUCCAAAGUCAAGUGCAACAAAACAAAGUUGCUGGGCUCCGCCAAGAGACUCAACAUCAACUACCAGGACUCAGACGGCUUCUCGGCGCUGCACCACGCCGCUCUGACGGGCACCACGGAGCUGCUGUCUCUGCUGCUCGAGACCCAGGCUACAGUAGAUAUCAAGGACAUCAACGGCAUGCGCCCCCUCCACUACGCAGCGUGGCAGGGUAAAGCAGACUCGGUCCUAUUGUUGCUGAGAGCCGGAGCUUCAGUCAACUCCACCUCCAAUGAUGGACAGAUGCCAUUACAUCUCUCUGCUCAGUAUGGACACUACGAGGUGUCUGAGAUGCUGCUGCAGCACCAGUCUAAUCCCUGCCUGAUGAACAAGGGGAAGAAGACGCCUCUAGAUCUGGCCUGCGAGUUUGGGAGACUGAAGGUGGCUCAGUUGCUGCUGAGCAGUAACAUGGUGGCCGCGCUGUUAGAAGGGGACAGCGGGCACGAGAACAUGGACUCUCCAUCCACCACUCCUCUCCACCUGGCAGCCAGGAAUGGACACAAAGACAUAAUCAAGUUGCUGCUCAAAGCCGGUAUUGACAUCAACAGAGCCACCAAAGCCGGGACGUCUCUGCACGAGGCUUCCCUGUAUGGCAAAACGGAAGUAGUGCGGCUGCUGCUGGAUGCGGGCAUCAAUGUGAACAUGCGCAACACGUACAACCAGACGGCUUUGGAUAUCGUCAACCAGUUCACCACCUCCACAGCCAGCAGGGAGAUCAAACAGUUGCUUAGAGAAGCGUCAAGCUCUCUCCAGGUCAGAGCGUUGAAGGACUACUGGAACCUCCACGACCCCACCGCUCUUAACCUCCGGGCUGGAGAUCUUAUUAUGGUCCUGGAGCAGCACUCAGACGGCCGCUGGAAAGGUCACAUCCAUGACACCCAGCGGGGGACAGACCGGGUGGGCUACUUCCCCCCUUCAGUGGUGGAGGUCCUCAGCAGACGAGCAGGGGUCACUCUCUCCCGGCAAGCCUCAAUGUCUAGCCAACGACAACAUUUAACGUCCAGAGUUUCUCCCUCAAGCCAUGGUUCCACCCCUCAGACUGAUGACUCAUACACCCUUGGUUAUGAUCCCGCAGGUGACAGACACAGUGUUGGGAGUGCCGGCAGUGUGGGCAGCAGCCGCAGCGCUGGCAGCGGCCAGAGCUCAGAGAGCGGCCACAGACAGAAUGGGAUUCAAAACCGCCACAAUGCUGACCCUGGCAAGCUGGCUCCCUCUGCUGGUGAAUCAGGAGACCACCUCCACAUUGCAGGAGCAGAGCGCCACAAACAGGCUGAUGGAUCCACAGGUGGUUCCCGUCGGCAAGUCAACGGCACUUCCCAGAAAGGCUUCGUGAGGCCGGAAGAGCUUCUGGAAGGCAAGGACUCUGAGGCCAUCUACCAAUGGCUGUAUGAGUUCCAGUUGCAGCAGUACACAUCAAACUUCAUCAGCGCAGGAUAUGAUGUACCCACCAUCAGCAGGAUGACCCCUGAGGACCUGACGGCCAUCGGAGUGACCAAACCAGGCCACAGAAAGAAGAUCUCAAUGGAGAUUGGCAAGCUGAACAUCCCCGAGUGGCUGCCUGAUUACAUCCCUCCGGACCUGGGCGAGUGGCUGAGUGUGAUCGGACUGCCUCAGUACCAGAAGAGAUUGUGUGACAACGGUUAUGACUCCAUUACGAUUGUCAAAGACAUCAGCUGGGAGGACCUGCAGGAGAUAGGCAUUAGCAAACUGGGCCACCAGAAGAAGCUAAUGUUAGCGGUGAAGCGACUCUGCGACCUGCAGCGCUUCCGUAACCAUGCCGACAGAGCUGGAGGCGGGACUCUCCGACGGAACCUCCCCGGCGCCCUGGAAAUUGUGGCCAUCGAGCACACGCCAACGCACAAUGUGCAGGCUCACGCUCCUCCUGACGACUGCUGCCCCUCCCCUCGCACCCCCAGGGCGCUCCUCUCCUUCCAGGACAGCGAGUUGAGCGCCGAGUUGCAGAGCGCCAUGAAGGGCAGGGCCGGGGGAGGAGCUGCCGAGGCGUUCGGCAUCAGGGGCGUGCCCUCUGCAGCAGCUCUGUCGGCCAUGUCAGUCAGUCAGGAGAGCAUUAGCGUGCGAUCGCGCGGGUCAGGGAAUUCAGGAAAUUCAAAUUCAGGCUAUUCUCAAGAUCACCAAGCUGCACCAUCUUCAGCCAGGAUAUCCAGCCGGUCAGAGGAGAGUCUGGGGAGUGGUGCGGGGGAGGAGGCCGGUAGAAGUAGACCGAGACCCACAGAGAUGUGGGAGCACCUGAGUCGCUCUGCUACCCCGAACAAACUCCCCUUCUCCCCUCUGACACCUCCGUUAACACCCAGCAAGAUGCCCCGCUUUGCCUACCCGGCCGUCCCACCCAAAGACACACACUUCCAGUCCCCCAUCCGUCUCUAUCAGCCACAGCACCACACAACCUCCUCCCCUUCCUCUCCAUCCCCACAACCUUCCCCCAUACAGAAGGCCUUCAGUUACCUCCAUGCCCAGGCAGGAGGCAUCAAUGGGGCUUCGCGGGGACUCUCCAAACCUCUGCCUGGAGCGGUGCCUCUGCUGGGACCCCGGCCUGGACAUGACCCUGGUGGUGACGCCCAGAGGGGCACAAACAAAAAGCGCGCCCAAAGCCUGACUCGCUACGCUCUGUCCGACGGCGAGCCGGACGACGAAGACGCCCUCGCUCCCCCCUGCACCUCUGCUUCCUCUUCCGCCAUGCCCUCCUACGCCACCCUGUCGCGCAGGCCGGGACGCGGGCACACGAGUGCCACGGGGACCCAACGGCACAUCAACCGCAGCCACUCGUUUGCCGUGCGAUCCCGAAGCAAAGGCCCGCCCCCGCCACCGCCCAAAAGGAUGAGUUCAGUAAGUGGCAGCCCGGUACGUCAACCAGGAAACGGGAAGGUGGUGGAGCCAGAGGAGAAGCAAGGGGGGGAGACGGAGGGCACAGGCUCUGUGAGGAGCAUCGCAGCCAGGCUAGAGGGAAGCAGCAGCUGCAGUCUAUCUCGGAGGAUCGAUAUCCCACCAACUCAUGUCCAAGUUUCACCUGUUUUCAUCCCCAUUUCUUCUCCGAUUCCACAUGUGAUGAGUCCUCACGCAAUCCAACAGCAAUACAAACCUGUCCCUGCCCUGGGCUUGGGGGGCCUGAGGAGGACGGGUAGCGAGAGGUCAGAAGUGGAGACUGCCAGACAAAGAGGUGGAGGCUCGCAGGGAUCACUUGAGGACAAUGCAAGGAAAGGGGAAAGAAUGUCGAAGAGUGCUACGGCGUCUCCAAAGCACAGCUCAGGUGGCCACCUCCCUUUCGCUGAAGAAGGCAUCCUCACUAUCAAACAGCGGCCCAGGACAGCAGUUGUCCCCCACGCCGACGGCGAAGUCAAGACCCCGAACAGCCUGGAGCUCCCCGAGUUCAAUCUGAAGGAGUCUGACACGGUGAAAAGACGGCACAAACCCAAAGACUCAUUGACGCCUGAGGAGGCUGAGUCCCCCAACAGAGAGUACAAACACCCGCAGACCAACAGUCUCCACACACCCAACGAUGACAGGGCGCUGAGCGACGAUGAAUCUCAGAGGCCGGGGAACGUGUUUCGUAGAGUAGGCUCCCUUGGAAAAGGCCCAAAGCCACCAGUGUCCUCGAAACCUUCCAGUCCUCUCAAACAACCGGCCAACAGCAAACCGACAAUCCCCCGGAAAUCCGUCUCUUCGGGACAAGCUAGUGGCCAAACAGCCAUUCCGAAACUAACCAGCGUACAGAUUCACACAGUCUCGCCAAAGCUGGGCGCCAUUAUACACACCCAGGCAUGUGUACCCGGCCCCACACCCGUGAACCCACAGACGGUGAUGUCCAAACCAGAGAGUCCCAAGAAAGCGUCUGGUUUGUCCGUAUCGAGACUCCCUCAGCACGGCAUGGUCCCGGCAUCAGCAGCAGGACUGAACCUCCUUUUGGUCCAAAGUGUUGUUUUUGCUGCUCCGCCCCCCCCAGCUCCGGCCCCUUCGUACUUCACCUCGGCCCCAGCCGGUCAGGCAGGGAGAGCGCCGACAUCCCCGGCAGGUGCGGUCGGUCUGGAGGUGCUGGCUCACAAGAGGCUGGAGCAGACCAGUACGUCGCUGGAGGCUGCGCUCAAAGUGGUGGAGAACAAACUGGCACAGGGGAGCAGUGUGGACAGUGGCAGCGGCACCGUGAAGGCGGCAGGGAACAUUCUCGAUGACAUUGGCAACAUGUUUGACGACCUGGCUGACCAGCUGGACGCCAUGUUGGAGUGACCCGGCUGACCUCUGAGGCACAAAGUCCCCGUCAGAGGGGAGCGAUGGACAAACACGUAGACUGAGAAGCCGGCGAGCAGGAGAUGGAGAUGGAGGUGGAGGUGGUCCUCUGUCGCUGGUAAGAACAGAGACGGUGGAGGUGCUCGGCUCCUCUUCGUGACUGGGUGAAUCAAGAAAAUAGAUACUUUAUUUAACCCCGGAAUACUCAAAAAGUGCACAUUUGAGGAUUUCCUGCACAACCUUUUCGCAAUAUUGCCCAGUUUUUCAACGCGAGCACUUCGCCUUAGGGCCCACACCUGGGAAUGUUAUUGGAGCAACAACAGGCAGCAGCUUCCAGACGUGUGUGUGUGUGUGUGUGUGUGUGUGUGUGUGUGUGUGUGUGUGUGUGUGUGUGUGUGUGUGUG